GGAGACGAGAGGAGAGGGCGACUGGGCGAUACCAUUCAUCCGGCCCAACACCGAAAAAUAGCCUAUGAAAAGAUUAAUGAGCUCUAGAAGCCAUCAGGACUGCGGUUUCAAAGAGGAUUAUGGGCGUGUAGCUGAAUUCGAUGCGUUCCCUUUUUUGUUGGUCAUGAUUUUUCUGCGGAGGCUUGUGCAGCUUUCGGUGCUGCUGAUCCACGCUGGAUGGUGGGGGGUCGCGCCGAGCCCCACCGAUGAGGGAGCACUCCGGACUGGCCACGGAGAGCACGGAGAGCCUGGACACCAAGAGCCUCACAAGGACUCCUACAGCACCUUCGCCUCCGAGUUUCUGGAGUCCAGAUAUCUGUCCGAUGAUGGUUACCCAUUCCCCACAGCACCCCCAGUCGACCCCUUUGCCAAGAUCAAAGUCAGUGACUGUGGAGUAACAAAGGGCUGCAUAAGGUAUGGGAAGCCGGGGUGCGAUGCAGAGACGUGUGACUACUUUCUGAGUUAUCGUCGCAUCGGGACAGAUGUGGAGUUUGAGCUGAGCGCAGAUACGGAUGGCUGGGUGGCUGUAGGUUUCUCAUCUGAUAAGAAAAUGGGAGGAGACGAUGUUAUGGCCUGUGUGCACGAUGAUAACGGGCGCGUGCGGAUACAUCACUUCUACAACGUCGGCCAGUGGGCCAAGGAGAUCAAGAGGAAUCCGGCUCGAGACGAAGAGGGCAUAUUUGAGAACAACCGCGUCACCUGCCGUUUCAAGCGACCGUUAUACGUCCCACGAGAGGAAACGCUUGUGGACUUACACCUCUCGUGGUACUACCUGUUUGCAUGGGGGCCUGCUAUUCAAGGUUCCAUCACGAGGCACGACAUUGACAGUCCUCCAGUCAGCGAGCACAUGAUCAGCAUCUAUAAGUACGUGGACAUCUUCAUGCCCUCCACAGCUUAUCAGACAUUUAAUUCUCCCCUCUGCUUACUGCUCAUAGUAGCUCUCACCUUCUACCUGCUGAUGGGGACGCCAUAACGAAGCACAGCACAGCACAGCAGAGAGAAGAUGAAGCAGCAAUAAAAAAAAGUUUAAAUCUGAUGCCACAUACAAGUGCCCUCUUUGCACAGACUGUGUUAGAUAUAUUGAACAUGAAAGACUAUAUAUUCAUAACUCACACAGCAUCUUGAAGUAUUAAAGCAACACUCUAGAGGUGACGUGCUGAUCUGAGUAUUAGACAAGAGGGCAGAGUAGUAGUAGUAGUUUAAAAUAGGCCAGUCAUUUUCAGUGUUAACGAUAGCUUCCAGUUAUAUAAAAAAUAUGAGGACUCCAUUCCAACAAAUACAUCUCACAUGACUUUGAAACCCUGCAUGCACUGGAAAAUCUGGGAAUGGUUUCAGACACCCACCGUGCACUGGUGACUAAUGUCGAACUUUGCCAAAACAACGAGUUUCUGAGGAUGAAAGAAAAAUAAAACAGCUCUCACAAAUGCUUCCCGUCUCCUCACCCUGCUACAUUUCUGUGGAUCUCAGCCUUAAAAAAAGAAAAUAAAAAUGUUGUUUGCUGGUGUUAGAAAUAUGGAGUGCAGGGUUUCAGGAACAACCCAGUGCAUCUACUAUGUAAAAGAUUUUCAUAAGCUUUUUUUUUUUUUUUUUUUACAUCCUUGUCUGAUUUCAUCAUCUCACUUCCUCAACCACAGUAACUGCUUUGUUUAUCAGUACUGUGACACUGUGACUCACAGCAAGACUGAUGAGAAGAGUUACUACUAUUGCCUGUUCAAGCAAUAACACGGUUAACAGAAACAUUUUGCUCUUAUAUGAACUAAUGUUUUUUCUCCCCUGGGUUGCUAUUGUAGCUUUUGAAGUGUAUUAAAAAUGGUUGAAUAUGUUAAGAUGUCUCCCACUGAAACAUCUGUCGCUGCUGUGCUUAUUGCUAAGAACACAGUCUAUACAAAAUACAGACACUGCAGUGAAUGCAGAGACUGCCUUCUCAUUCUGGAAGUAAAAAGCCAAAGGGCAUGACUUUAAUAGAAUGUAACAUAAUUAGAUUUUGAGCAGUGGCUACGUGUAGUAUGAUGUGCAGCCUGAUAAAAUGUACAAAUUACUCAUACAUUCACACUCGUGAGAGGCUGGGCAGAAGAUAAAAUACACAAGAAAGCACAGAAAAUAACAAACCAACAAAAACACACACCACCUUUUACACAUGCAUUGUAACAAGCAGAUGAAAUGGGCAGUGGGAAAAAUAAGGGGAUUGUGGAAAUUUUCAUAAAAAAGUAAAUGAAUGUACAAAUACAAUGGUAUUCAUAUAAAAACCAUUGUAUAUUUAUGCGUGGCUGUUUUUCUUACCAGUUAACCUAACAUGCAUGCCUACCAUGGGAAGAAGCUGUAGGGCACAGGGAGAUUAUGCAGCUUUUGAACAGAAAGACCCCACACAGCCAUGAGAUUCAAACCCAGUGGAAGUGUAAGCUAGUGUGGUGUCAACUUGAAGUCAACUUACCGUACCAUUUAAAAAACAAAUG